GCGAUACGGAAAAAGAUGGGCCACAUUUUCCCGCACGCUGUGUUUGUCCUUGUCGUGUCCCCGGUGAUCUAGGUCUGGCAUCGUUCAAGAGCACCGAGAGGUUCACUUCUGCAAAUUGUUCAUUUCAAAUUGUCUUGGGAGUGGCUGUAUUCCUCGGAUUUGUCGUAUGGCUGGUGGUUAGUGCGCUACACGCAGUACUAGUAUUGCAAAUAAGUUUUUCUACAGACUCAAGAAUAUCGAUAGCGUUCUUAUUGAAGCUAGGAGCCUGGAACGUACCAUGGGCAUGCAGUGAAAGCAGAUGUCUGUGUUUUCCGCUUCUACCCGAUUAAUCGUAUGGCACAUGCAAUCAAUUCCACUUAGCCUAUGAGUGCUGAGCCUAUAUCACAGCUGUGACAGGAUGAUGAACACAUGGACUGUGUUGGUGAUUUCUGGAGCAGUUCUCGCCGCUGCCAUGCUGUUCAUGUGCACCAGAGACGACGGCAUUAACAACACAGACUCAGGAUACACAGUAGAGAGUGUGGGAUGGGAUGCUGAAUCACGUGCGCAGGACGCCGACAGUACUAGCACUGGUGAUGCAGAGCCUGCCGAGUCACAGGUACCGGAGGAACGGAUGAAUAAAUUGCCGUGGCUUGUUUGGCACGGUAUGAGUCCCACGGAUCCCAGCAAAGGACAUGAAAUAUCAUGCUUGAGAGGGUCUUGUAUUGUAAAAUCUCAACAUGCUCAACAUGCACCUAUGUAUUUGAAUGACAACACGCGAGCAUUGCUCAUGUAUGGCAGUGGCAGCAAGCCUGAAGCCGCCCCUCUGCCCAGGUUGAAGCAUCACAUGUGGGCACUGCUCCACGAGGAAUCGCCCAAGAACAAUGCUAUGUACUCACACGAUGCUGGCAUUAGCUUGUUUAACAUCACGUCCACGUUCCGCCAAGCCUCCGAUCUUCCACUGACACUGCAGUAUCUACCUAACUUGGACUAUCUGCUGUCUGCAGCGCCGGUCCCAGUUGAGCAGAAGAACAUAUACCGCAAUGAUGAGCGGCAUAAGUUAGCCGCAGUGGCGUAUAUCCAGUCUACCUGUAUCAACCCAUCCUACAGGGACACGUAUGUCAAGAAGCUGAUGGAACACAUCCCUGUGGAUGCACUAGGCGAGUGUUUGAACAACCGCAAGUUACCAGAGGAGUACCAGACUCCGCAUGCAAUGUUCCAGCAAGGCUUCUACGAUGUUCUCCGCAAGUACAAGUUUAUUAUUGCAUUUGAAAAUGGCAUCUGCGACGACUACAUCACGGAGAAACUGUGGAGGCCGCUCCAUUUAGGAACCGUGCCCAUCUACCGUGGUGCGCCCAAUGUGAACGAGUGGCUUCCAACGCAUAGAUCUGCGCUGGUCUAUGAUGAGUUCGAGAACCCUGCAGCACUGGCAGACUACAUCAAAUACCUGGAUAGCAAUGACACGGCCUACAGGGAGUACUUGGAGUACAAGAAAGGUCCAGAGUACAUCACGAAUGAAAAACUCAAGUCCAGUCUAGAAGACCGGCCGUACUCAGCAGCCAACUUCGAGGAAAACGCCUCGCUCUUUGACGAACUGAGCAGUAAGCCGAAUUUCAUCGUUGCUUUUGAAUGCAAAGUGUGUGACCGAGUGAUUGAACGACAGCAGCUGGAGAGGAAGCAUUCUGAGGAAGGUCUGCCUGCACCCAGUCCAUGGAUUGCUGACUCCUCGCACUACGGAUGCCCGCCGCCAGAGGAGUGGCGCGAUGAGUUUGCUCUUGGUAACGGUGAUGUGCUCGACUGGAGAGUGGACUAUGACCGAGGCAAGCGCCAUGCUGAUGCACUGACACGGCUGAUUCUAGCAAAUGCAACUCAUGCGUCUCAAUCGCAUGCCUCAUCAUGGCUGUCCUGAUACUGUACGUCUGUAGUCUUUGUGUAAGAUCAGGGGGGGGGG